AUGCUGGAUGAGAACCUGCCGGCCUUCUUCCUCAAGCCUUCGAGUUCGGGCGCGAAACAUCAACGGGAGAUCUACAGCUCUCACCACGGCAAUGACCCCGUUCCCGCGUAUGCGCUGCGGAAUUUCGAUCCCGCCUCGCCUCUCCAGGCGCACAAGAAUUGCUAUGGCGCCGCGCUCUUUGAUUCCUAUAUCCCGGACGUCGUCUAUGGGGAGGUCAUCGCACGACCGGGUUGGACACAGCCUACUCUCUCGGCGGAAGAGCUCAGACGGAAUGGAGGCGUCCCGCCACCGCCUCAGCCUAUCCUCCCGAGCGAAUUCGUCGUGCAGCUGUACAACCCUGACCAGCAAGUACGGAUAGAAGUAAAAGAGGGGAAAUGGGGUGCGAGCGACUCGUACGAGUUCUCGAUGCCCGAGCGGACAUUCCGCACGCCUUCUGCUAGUAAUCUCGACCGGGGACAGGACGAUCCGGCGACUCUCGCUUCGACUCCGAAGAUCAAUUUUGUCUGGCGCAAGGAGUCUAAGCUAUCGAAAGACCUGACGUGUUACAUGGUUGGGAGGAGCACGGAUGCCUUGCUGGGCAAGAAAGAGCUGAGGAAAGCGAGGAAAGAUCCGGACAUUGCGAUUGCGCUGUGGAGAUCAAUGCGAGAGUUGACGGUCUAUGAGCCCAACCUGCAGAGAUUGGAGCUCGAGGACCCGAAAGGUCUGGAGGUGGUUCUGUUGCUUGGUGCGCUCGUGAUCAGGGAUGUGUACUUUGGGAGCAAGGAUGCGAUAGGGGAGACGUUCAACAUCUCUGACGUUCCAGGGGGAAGGAAACUAUCCGGCGGAGGUCGCAAGCUGUCUAGUCCUCACCAGACGCAUUCUAUUGUUGGGCCGCCAAAUCCGCUUGGCAACCAUCCUCCCCCCACGGCUGCUGGACUUGGUGCUGCCAGUAGAAACGAUGCAAGGCGGAAUUCUUUGCCAAAACUCCAGACCAUACCGCCACAACCCCCGAGACCGACACACGGCGGCGCGCCCCCACCAGCAGAUCCGCGAGCGCAAUGGCAGAUCGACGCAGAGACAGCCCGCCUCAAAGCUCAGGCCGAAGCCGAAGCCAAGGAAGAACGCCGCCGACGGAGGGAACGGGAAAAAGCCGACGAGGCCGAAGCGAAGCGCUUGCAACGGAUGGUCGAGGAGGAAGAAAGAGUGGCAAGGCGGAAACAAGCGGAAAUCGACAAGGAAACGGAACGGCUGAGGAAACAGUACGGCGUGCAACAGAUGCCAGCACAGGCGAAUAGCUCCCGACCUCAAGGACGCCCUGGACAGGGUCGUCUUCAUGCUGGACCCUACAUGCAGCCGAUCCCCCAGCGAACACAGAUGAGCCUGGCUCCUCCUUCUUCUUCGAUGGGUGGUAGUAGUAGUGGAUUGUACAUGCAGCAGCCCAGCGCGAGCAGUAGUGCGGUCAUGAUGAGCGGGGCGAAUGGGAAUGCCAGUAGUCUCACCCUCGGCGGCGCAGGCGCAGGCGCAGGCGCCAAGAAGAAGAAGAGUUUCUUUGGCCUGCGGAGUGCGAGUGAUGAUACUGCGGCGGCGGCGGCGGCGGAGGAGAGGAAGAAGUUGAACAAGAAGAGUAGUGCGAUGUGGUAG